UUUCUUCUUUCCAAAUCCAAUGUGGCCCAAAUCUCUCUCUUAAGGCCUGAGAUAAAGCCCACUUUUCUCUUGUCUUUUAUUUUUUUUGAAUCGUGUUGGAUCUCGUAUAUAUAAGCAAAGCUAUAAUAGUUAAUUUGGAAGCGGUGCAGUGAUGGCAGAGGAACUGGGUUCGAAAAGCUCUUCUCCUGCAACAGCAAUCAAUUCCUCCAAUAUAGGGUUUCAGCUCCUCAAGAAGCAUGGAUGGAAAGAGGGUACUGGUCUUGGAAUCUCUGAGCAGGGGAGGUUGGAGCCGGUGCAAACAUAUGUCAAGAAUAAUAAACGAGGUCUAGGAGCUCAGAAACUAAAGAAGACGAAGACCAGCAGCCAUGGCCACAAGGAACAUUCAACCAAGUCCAAGCCUGUAUCUAAGAAACAAAGGAAGAUGCAGGAGUUAGAAAAGCGUCUGCAAGAGAAGGAAUUUGAGCGGGCAUUUUACAGAGACUUCUGGCCGGAUAAUGUUUGAGAAUAAUUAUUCUCAACAUUUUGUAGUUGAAGUUGAGAAGGUUGUGAUGAAUUCACCAUAUCGUCUCCAUGUACACUGAUAAAAAAAGAUUCAUACAUGGAUUGAUUUUUGUUGUUUAUCAUAUGUGCAGCUAACGUUAUAAUACAAUACAUUUAUACA